AUGUCCAACGUCCUCCGUCGCCCCACAACCGGGCCCGACGCCGGGAAGGCCUCCGGAGCGCAGCGGACCUUCAUGUCUCUACCAACAGAAAUACAUCUCGCCAUAUCCGAUUUCCUCAUCUACCCAGAUGCACUAUCUUUAAAACACACCAGCGCCUAUUUCUAUAGUCUGGUCGACACUGGUAUCAACCUCAAAGUGGAAUGGCUAGUGGAACGACGAAGCCUCCAUCUAGAAUGCCCCAACGACCGACGGUGCGAUCUCGGUAGUGAUCUGCGUUUCUGCCGCGGGAGUGUACCUCUACUCAUGCAACGAAGACGAGAACAUGUGGAAUGUGAAUCUCGGCCUGGCCUGGGCUGUCUUGUUUAUGGGACAAAGAAAUGCUCCCAUCGCUCAUUGCUGAGUAGAACACUACCACAUUGGAUGCAAAUCAAACUCACCAUUGAAAUUUGGUGGAUUUUGCUCGCCCUUGUACCCAUUUUCUCUUGCUGGGUGUGGUUGGCUGAGUUACCGUGGGGACUUGUAUUUGGAUCUUGA